AAACUAACUCUGGAAGAAUGGAAGAAAACGAGCUAGAAACCUCAAACAUUUCUCCGAAAGGUUCUGAGGUGAUGAUGUCAGUGACAGGCGAACCACCUAGUGCUGUAGAAGAAACAGCUAAAGAAACAGAUGUAGAAAUCAUCCUGGAAACCAUAGAGCCACUCUCCCUUCUUGAUGUGUUGAGGAUCUCUGCAGUUCUUGAAGAUACCACAGACCAGCUCUCUAUUCUAAACUAUAUCAUGCCAGUUCAUUAUGAAGGAAGACAAAGCACCAGCAUGAAAAGAAAAGAAAUAAAUUUACAAGGAAAAAGCCUGGACAAACUACCGAUGGUCUCAACAACUUUGAAAAUGACUAGUCCAUUCUUACCUAACGAAGGACCCAAGUUGCCAGAAAUCAGUCAAGGAGGCCAAUUUGCCAUGGAGUUUAACAAAAUGCAGGAUCUUGUCUUCAAAAAACCUACAAGGCAGACCAUAAUGACUAUGGAGACACUGAAGAAAAUUCAGAUUGAUAGGCAAUUUCUCAGUGAUGUGAUUGCAAAUACUAUGCAGGAGUUGCAAGAUUCAGGCACUUUCACCCAUCUCCUGCAAGCUUUGAGCAAAGAGAGGGAAAAUAAAAAGCAUUUCUAUGAUAUUAUUGCCAGGGAGGAAAAAGGAAGAAAACAGAUAAAAUCUCUUCAAAAACAGCUAAUUAAUGUCAAAAAAGAACGGCAAUUUGAAAUACAGAGUAGGAAUGAUUAUAUUGCUCACCUUAAGGACCAAUUGCAAGAGUUGAAGGCAAAAACCAACUUGGAGAAUGGCUAUAUGAAAAGAAAUACUGAGCUGCAGAUUGCCCAGACCCAGAAAAAAUGUAACAAAACAGAGGAACUCUUGCUGGAAGAGAUUGAGAAACUAAGGAUGAAAACUGAAGAAGAGAAUCGGAUUCAUACAGAGAUUGAAAUGUUCCUUAGAAAGGAACAGCAGAAACUUGAGGAGAAGCUAGAGUUCUGGAUGGAUAAAUUUGAUAAGGACACAGAAAUGAAACAGAAUGAACUAAAUGCUCUCAAAGCUGCAAAGGCCAGUGACUUAUCACACCUUCAAGACCUUGCAAAGAUGAUAAGGGAGUACGAACAGGUCAUCAUUGAAGAUCGUAUAGAAAAGGAGAGGAGCAGGAAGAAGACAGAACAGUUUCUCCUGGAAUUAAAAAGCGCCAUAAAGCUCCAGGCCUGGUGGCGAGGCACUAUGGUACGAAAGGAAAUUGGUGGCUUCAGAAUGCCUAGGGAGAAAGAUGAUAGCAAGGAUGGAAAAGGUAAAGGCAAAGACAAGGAUAAGCGGAAAGGCAAGAAGUGA